AUGAUGCAGACAUAGUAUAACCAAGUUGAUCAAGCAUCUAAGGCUAAUUAAAUAAAGUCCAAGGUCAAGAAGAUCCUGAAGCAGAUUGACUAGAAAUCCACUGGUCUUCUCAAGAGCUCAGUAUUUUUUUAGAUUCUUGAGCUGCACAAGAUUAAAAUAUCAGCUUAGGAUUUGAACUUCCUGAAUUAAAAAUAUGUUAAGGGAUAAGACAUUUAGUAUAAGGAUGCGUUUAGUCAUAUAUUUAUUGAUACUAAUUCUUUGACAGCAAUAGAAAACAAGGAAUGGGUUGUGAGAAGAUCCUCGAUCAUGGGUAGUAAAGCUGGCUCUAUAAUAAAUAGAUCUUCUCGAAACGACAUUAUUAGCUAAUAUUACGAAACCACACAAGGAUUGAAACGGAGAGACAAUCAAGUUAGAUAGAAGUUGUAUUAGAGCAUUGAUACUAAAAAGAAUUUGUUAAGGUUGAGUAGUAGAAGCAGUUCAAAGUCAGGGGGCUCUAAUGAUAAUCAGCAACUAAACGAUUCACCAUCUCCUUACCAUGCCAAAAGCACAAACCAGAAUAAUUGUAAAUUUGAUAUCUAUCCUUCUCUAAAUUAAUCCAUCAUAGAAACAGUUAAACUCCCAUUUCCUAAACGAGUCUCUCUAAAUAGCUUGUAAAAGAUUAACGUACAUGAAGGAACAACUCCAGAGAUGACUAGUUGGAAGACUGAAAACUAUAACAAAGGCUUAUAUGAACUAAGGGGUAGAAAACGUUACCAAAACAAAGUCUGCAACUAUGGCAGUGUUGAUUAUAACUUCCUUAGUGUGAAUCAAAAUAAAAACCUUAAUAAGACGUUGGAGGAUUUUAAUACUACUGGCAUUGAGGAUAACACAUGGAAUACUUCUUCCCCAGGUCAAACUAGUAAAUUUUCUAGCUCAAUAUAUGUAAGUGGAAAGAAAGGGAAAUCUGGCUAAGAUAGACCAUCAUAAUUAAGAAGUUCAAUAGUGGAUCAAUACUUAAUCAAACUUCAGAACUCUGAUGAGAAGCAGGUAAAGAUUGAAAUUGUGAACUAAAUGUAUGAAAUGAAUGUAGACAACAGAAUUCUUAAUAACUUGAGGCAGACUAUGAAUAGCUUAAUUUAUGAGGAAAAGGGUUUGUUGAGCAUUAGCUAAUUUAAAGAACUAUUUUUAAGUUUCUUCAAAGAUAACAAUAAAUGUUAUGCUAUUUACGACCUGCUGCUUCCAAUAAUCUAAGAAGGAGAAGGUGUUAGUAUUAGCAAGCUCUCAGCAUUCAUUGAUUUCUUCAACUUCAUGCCCUAUAGAAUCUAAAGAAACAAGAACAACUCGAAAGAGAUGUAUAUGGUGAUGAGCUCUAAUCAUAAAAACUCUGCUAGUUAUGGCAAAAAUGAGGCUGAUAAGGAGAAAUAAACAUUUACUACUCUUUUGAGUAUGAUCUGGUAGAAGAUAUAUGAAAGAUUCCCUAACAUUAAUGCUGCUUUCAGAUUCUUUGACUCUGAUUAUGAUUAAGCGAUCAAUUUCAAUGAGUUCGCUUAAGGAAUCGAGUAUUUGAGAUUAAAGCUAUCCUAUGAGGAUAUUUGGAAGCUCUAUAGAUACAUGGACACUAAUGGAGAUGGACAUAUAGGUUACUCAGAGUUUUGCCAAUUAUGUGAGGAGAAAUGGAGGAAUAUUGAUCCAUUUGAAGCAUUACAGCAGAAUACUGACUAGAUGCAUAAAAAGCAGAAAGAAAAACUGAUGAAACAGAAUUCAAUGAUAGCAGAUGAAGAUGAUGAUAAAUAAAAUCCUCCUGAGAUAUCAGAUAGCAACUAGAAGACAAUAAUACCUUUGGACUAGCUCGAUGAGAUGUCAAGGAAUAAGAUAAACAGAAUGGCUAAACUAUAGAGUAAAAUCCUAACUAAUAAGAUUAGCAUAUCAAAUGGUGAUGAGUAGAUCUAUGGAGUGAGAACAAAUGAUAACUAAAAUAUAGGUGAGAUACUCUAGUAUGAGAAUUUGAGAUAGAAAUUACAAGUCAGAUAUGAAAAUUAUGAAAAGCAGUUGUAGGUGAGAAAGCAGUUUGAGAACUAAAGUAAGUUAAUUUAAAGCACUAAGACUCAAGAAUUAAGAACAAAAUCAGUUUCAGAAUUACUAGCUUAGAAGUAGGCAUAGCAUGAGGAGGAGAGGUUGAAAUAGUAGCGUAUUGUAAAUAAGUUGAACACUUCUAAUACUCUGCUGAGGAAUAGCAAUAAUUAUUUAAGCAAGUUAAACAAGAGUGUUGAUCUGUCUUCUAGACAAAAGUAGAAUGACUCUAAGUUUCUUCCUUAGAUAAAUUAAAGUUCAAUGAUAACUAUUCAAGACUAAAACGAUAAGCUAGAUUUCUCAAAGUAAAUUGGCAAAAAUCACCAUAAUUCAUCAACAAUUGAUGUCAACAAUAGUGAUUUGAUCAGUGAUAUUAAAUUGGAAAGAGCCAGUAAAAAUAACUUUUACAAUUCUUAUUUUGAGAAUAAAAGGGCGUUGAAUAAUUCAUCAAUGCUUUAGCAAAAGAUAACUAAAAAGAUUGAAGUGAAAUUAUGA